AAAGUGUCACUCUUUAUACAACGAACAAAAUAAAAUCUCUGUGGAAACUAGAAAUAACUACAUAUCGCAAAUAAUCGCGUAUAAUCGAUAUCGAGUUUACGCUCAUGAAAAUGUAAAAAAAUGACUGUCUUGCGUCCCAUCAUAGACGAUGCGUGAAAGAGGCUGCCCUUUGUAAGAAUGCCUCAGAUCAUGGCAGAGGCAUUUGCAAGAGGGCUGUUAGACAAGAUAAUGGUAGAAGUUCUGGACGUUAUAGAUCGCGACACACAGGAUGAAAAAUCCUGGGGACCGCGCAUUGAUGAGGAAACAGACAAUGCCCAAUUGGAAUUCGUAAACGACGCAUCUCAAGCGUACGAAUGCACACACAAAAAUUACAGCAAGGCCGAAGAAAUGGAACUAAUUGCGAAAAUAGUUCGCGACCUGCGCGACAUACAGAUUGGAGAUUCGCGUUACGUACUGUCGCCUUCAUUGUUAGCGUUGGAAAAACAGGUGAAAUGCGCCGCGUGUAACGUCGACGGCGUAUCACCGGCGAACCCAACGUCGGCCGACAUCGCUGAAACUCAGCGCGCGUCUCAGGGUCAAGGCGACACGCGCCGGAUUACACCAGCGGCGAUCCACGAGUCUCCGGCCGAGCCAACGGAGCCGCAGAAAACGAUCCAGAAAGAGAAGGAGAGCGACACGGUCGGCGAAGCAACCAGCGUGUCCGCCGGCCUGCUGCACCAGCUGAUCGAGCAGUUGGAAAACAAGACGGCGGCGGCCUGUUCCAAGAAUGACGCGCCUUUGGACUCGACCAGCAAGGAUCGCAUCGCCGUUUGGGAGGAGAAGGAGGAGCAACUCAUCAGGACUAUCGAGGGCAAUGCGCGCGAGAUCGCGACGGAGGCGCUUCGCAGCGAAUCGAUCGGUCGCUUCCGCGUCGUCGAGCUGAAGCACAACGAGGAACUGAGGUGUCAUUCGAGUCAGCACGUGGCGUCCGCCUCGAGAGACACCGGUCUUGAAGAGAUCCAAAUCGAGAAGCGCGAGUCGAGCUCGACGUUGAAACGGCCGCGCGACGACGCCGCGAUGGAGCAGAUUUUACCCGCGGACGACGCGGAGAAACGAAAGACGUUAAGCGAAAUAACGAGGAAAAAGAAGAGAGGCUUCGGCGACAGAUUGAGAAAAUUCCUCCGCACCACUUUCGGCCACCGGAAGAAUUGACGCGGCGUUCCGGAUGAAACGUUACUUACGCGAUCUACUUUAAGCGCAAUGACGACAAAGGAACACCCUUUUAAGUCGUGCAUUUUUAAAAGGGAAUCAUGCUCCCCUCAUUUUUACCCGCUGCACUCCGC